CACUUGAUAAUUUUUUCGACAUUACGCCGCGCUACUUAAGCUAUUUUGACCAUAUUAUUGUGAGAUUUAAGAAAAAAACUGCCAAAAUGGCUGUCCGAAGUAAAGAACUAGAAUUUGGUAUGAAGUGUAUAAAAUACAUGCUAUGUAUGGCAAGUUUUAUGUUUGUGAUCGUGGGCCUUUUAUUAAUUUCCAUAGGAUACACCAUUAAAACAAUAUAUAAUAACUUUGAUCAAUUUAUGGAAAGACAUUAUUAUGAUCCUUCGAGUCUUGCUAUUGCCGUAGGUUUCAUUAUAUUUAUUAUUGCCCUAUUUGGGGUGAUCGGAGCACUUAAAGAAAGCACUUGCUUGGUCAACACUUUCGCAUUCUUCUUAACAAUCAUCCUGGUCCUGGAAUUAUCAGUUUCUAUUGCGGCUUAUGCCAUGUCAGAUAAUAUCACAGACUCCGUAGAGAAUAAUAUGAAACUCGCGAUGAAAAACUAUAAUAAAGAAUAUAAUGCUUUCACCUGGAAUUCUACGCAGUCUAAUCUGCAAUGUUGUGGUAUUCAUAGCUACAAAGAAUGGUCGCAAUACAAUGGAAACUUUUCGGGAUUAGUAAAUAUUGUGACGGAAAAUGGCACAAUAAGCGUUCCAACUUCGUGUUGUUUGGAUGAACAAUGCUCGUCCACCACUGUUUUCAGUACUGGUUGUUUGAAUAGACUAUCUUAUAUUGUAGCCCAGUGUGGUUUGUUAUUGGGUGUUGGAGCCUUAUGUGUGUCUUUUAUUCAGGUAUUGGGAAUUGUUUUCGCGUCAAUGUUAGCCAAAUCAAUAAGGAAAGUCAAAACUCAAAUCUUGGUAGACAAGGAAAAGAUGAGGCGAAACUUUUAUGACCAAUUGGUGAAGAAUCAGGAAAAAAGACCUCAAAGCGUAGAGCUUUAUACUCCUAAGGAUUCUGACGCAUGAUGAUCUUUCAGAAAGUUCUUAAACUAUUGUAUAUUUUUGCUAUAACGAUUUAUCUUCCUAAUGUAUUCGAACAUAUUUACAUUAUUAUAAUUUAGGGUUUAAGAAAGAUCCCAUAUGUCAUUGAUUUUAUUAAUAUUUAUAAAGCAUAUUUCUGUAAA